ACGAACUGCGGUGUGGAAAAAUUUCAAUAAGGCAUUUCGUGCGUUCGUUGUCACCGGAAUUUUUAUCAACUGCACAUUUAUAUUCAGGAAUUCAAGCUACCUAAAAUAUUCGCCAGAUGCUCAGAAGGCCCAAUAUAUACCCCUGCAUCAUCAAACGUGAUGCCUGAAAAGUUGUGCACCAUGCGUCAGCUUGCUCUAAUUGCUGUAUUGGCCUUCUUGCAAUAUGUGGUGUCAGGAAAUGAAAAAACGGUUGAGCACCGGCAGAAAAUUGGAGAGGGGGUCAUUGUAAACGCCUCUCUUUUCUACGACAGCAGCUACUACAAAGAUUCAUGCUAAAAAGACCUGGCGAAAACAUAACAGAAUACCUUAUCAAUUUGACUCGUCAGGCUCAAGAAUAUUUUAAUAACCAGUCAGUAAUGGUAAAAUUCGUCGUAAACAGCACAAUGCAGAAGGACGAUUGGCUGGUAAAAUACACAAAUGGGUCCAUUAACGGCGACAAAACUUUGGAGAACAUGACACAAUACGCCAUAUCUCAAAAUGCUUCAAACAACUCUAUUUUAUAUCACGCUUCUGGAUAUAAAAUAUUUGCAGAACUUGAUGGGCAGGAUUACCAUCCCGUCAGUUUAUCGGAUGUUUCCACAAAUGGAACAUUUUGCAAAGGACCAAGCGCAGUGAUAUUUCUGGAGUUUCCGGGAAGUUCAAAUCCUCGCAGCAUGGUGAGAGGAACGGCGGGCACAUUCGGUGCGAAACACCGGGUAGAUUUUCAUCUUGAAGACAUUCAAGCUAUGAACAAGACCUUUGCGAAUUGCCAACAUGAAGCAAAACGAAGAGGAAAAGGAAGAAAAGGAAAAAAAGGAAAAGGAGAACAAGGAAAAGGAAAAGGAGAAAAAGGAAAAGGAAAGAAAGGCGAGAAAAAAGGGCAAGAAAAGGGACAGAGCAAGCCGGGCCAAAGUAACAAUUGAAUGCUAUAAAUAAAUGAAAUACGGAUAUUCAUGCCAACUUGUAGAUUUAGCGCAAAUUUCAAAAAUAUUUUGCAAAAUGUUUUUUAUUCAGAUUAGAAUCAACCUUUGAAUAAAGACCUUAAAUUGUAACAAGGUUCAUACAUACUUAUGCGUAAGAAAUCAGGUGCUGUUGCACCUACGAAAAUAGUAAGAAUAAUUUUUCAAUGUUGUAGCACGGCGAAGGUGCCCUAACGCGACCACUGAAAGA